AUUUCAACUUUUAAAACUUCUCGUGCAAAGUUUAUCAACAUGAAAAAACCAUCAAAAUGCCAAUCUCCUGGAGAUAGUUCAAUUUCUGCAAAGGAGAAUGAUGCUCAAUCGAAUAGAAGCCGUGAUUCAAAAGUCGCCCCAAAAUCGGAGGGUUUAGCUACAGGUCUUGAUGAAACCGAAUGGAAAUCGAGGCUUACAACUCCGGAAAUUGUUUUAAAGGAGAUUCGGACACUCGAAGGAGUUUCGUAUUAUCAUGGAAUGGUGGCUAGAGAUCUAGUUGAAUCGAAGCUCACAAGAUGCGGAGAUUAUUUGAUUCGAGCAACUGACAAUCGUAUUAUGGAGUUCGAGUUCAUUUUGUCAUUUUUCAAUAAAAAACGGAUUCACAGUCAUUUGACUAUCAAAUGCGACGUUGAAGCUGGCAAAUGGGCUCUUGGAUUGUUGUCAGUUAAUCAAUUUUCAUCGGUUGUUGAUCUCACCAACUUCUACAAAACUAAUCCGAUUGGAGCUGGCUUCUUCUUGAAAAGAGCGAUUUCCAAGGGAAAGUACAUGAUUGCUCAUGAUCGUAUCAAAUAUUCUCCAAAAGAUGAUCUACUCGGUACCGGAAACUUCAGUGAUGUAUUCCGUGGAAAGAUCGAAUUGGAGAAUCAAAUGGUGAAUGUUGCACUGAAAACCACAAAACUUCUCGACGAUACAAUGGAUCCAACCAAGAAUGUAAAAGCCAAUAAGAUUAAAAAGGAAAUGAUCCAGGAGGCAGAAGUUAUGAGUCAGCUUCGUCACGCAAAUGUCACAUCGUUCUUCGGCAUUGCUGUCGAUCGUUUGCCAAUUCUUCUGAUCAUCGAAUUCUGCAAUGGUGGCAACCUUCAAGGACAUCUUAUCAAAUUUGGAGACAGAAUUGGAACUAAUGAACGUUUUCUGUAUUUGCAUGACGCUUCAGCGGGCCUCAAUUACAUUCAUGCGAUGUCUAUCACUCAUCGUGAUAUCGCUGCUCGUAACUGCCUUAUCUCAGUCAAUGGUUUUGUGAAGUUGUCUGAUUUUGGAAUGGGCCUUAAAGUUCGCCGAAAUGAAAGUGCAGAGAAAGUGGCGGAAGAUGAUGAUGGUAAAGAAAAUAAAGAGCCCAAACUUCCUGUUCGUUGGAUGUCUCCAGAAUUGGUUGACACUCCUGAUGCAUUCAGUAAAAUGUCGGAUAUGUGGUCGCUGGGAAUUCUUGCAUAUGAGAUCUUCACAAAUGCUACAAAACCAUUUUUCAAUCUCGACGACACUGACGUAAUGCAAACAGUCAAAUCAGGAAAACAUCCACCGCUUCCUUUAUCAAUGGGACCAGAUCUGAUUCGCCUUCUCAAAGAUGUUCUCGUAGCUGCACCGACACAACGGACCACUGCAGAUAAGUUUUAUAACGAGCUUCAUGUCCUUUGUACUCAAAAAGGUGCAUUGUCAUUGAACGGACUUACAAUCAAUCAAAUUCGUGGCAUUAGUCGUAAACGUGUUGAGCAUGUUACAUACCGCAAGUUGUCAUAUGCGAUAAGAAUGGUAACGAGAGAGAUUGGGGUGAUGCACCACAGGAGAUGUUGGCUAAUGUUGUUUGGAGGGGAAAGAAGUGAAGUAUCGAGCCGAACCGGAUCUUUUUAAACAGAACUCUUUUUUGAUUGAAUAAAUGGCAUGGACUGAAC